AUGGAAGCCAAUGCACCCAAGGCGGAAUCACCCAAGGGGAAUGGCAUUGAUGACAAGAAGCACUUUGUUUACGGUGGAGUUGGUGGGUUUGCUGGGGUGGGAGGCUAUGCUGGGGUAGCUGGUGGGCUGCCAUUGGUUGGUGGUCUUGGUGGGAUUGGAAAAUUUGGUGGGAUUGGUGGUGCAGCUGGAAUAGGUGGUUACAAAGGCAUUGGUGGUGUAGGGGGUUUAGGCGGUGGAAUUGGAGGUCUAGGUGGGUUAGGGGGUGGAACUGGUGGCGGAGGUGGAGGUCUAGGUGGUUUAGGGGGUGGAACCGGUGGCGGAGUUGGAGGUCUAGGCGGUGGGACCGGGGGUGGAGUUGGAGGUCUAGGUGGUGGUGGUUGUCCAGGUACAGGUGGUGUAGGCAGCGGAGCUGGAGGUCUAGGUGGUGGUGGUGGUGGUGGUGGUUGUCCAGAUACAGGUGGUGUAGGCGGUGGAGCUGGAGGUCUAGGUGGUGGUGGCAGCGGAAUAGGUGGUAUAAGUAGGCUGGCAGGUGACCAUGGACAUGGACAUGGACUUGGACUUGGCGGUACAACAAGGGGUGGGAAUUUGCCACCUCCUUAA